AUGUUAUAUAUAUCACAUUUCGUUAAAAAAUUGGAGAAGUUAUCGCAUUUUGUUCCAAUUAUUGGACAUUCUCUAUUAAACUAUCAUACUUUAUCCUGUUCUACGCCAAUUGGCAACCUGCCUGGGAUUAGCACAUCAAACAAUGGAUACUCUCGUUUUAAAACGUUAAAAAUUUCAAGAUAUCCUAACAGAAACAGCUGUUUCAGCUCAACUGCCAUAGAUCAUUGCUAUAAGACACCUGCAAGUAAAAGCGUAUUCUCAGAUAUAUCGAGGAUAGAUUCCCUCACUCCCAGGGAACUUCGUACAUUGUUAAAUGAUGCUAUCACAUCAAAAGUUGACGAUGUUUUGCUGUGGUCUAAGGCAGUAUCGUACUGCAUAUCGCACGCCGAUAAUUUCAAGUUUUUUGAUAUUUUGUCCGUUUUAGAUUCAUUAACAAAGGCUAAGGUAUACGAUAAGACAUUGUUGGCCGAAUUUUCUCGGAUAUUGACCAUGCAAGUACCAAAGAUGGAACCAAGACACUUUGUACAGGCUAUACAUAUUUUCGCUUCCACUGGGACAUUCCCAGAGUUACUAUUUCUGGAGAUAUUUUAUGGGAUAAUAAGACAAUCUGAUAAGAUGUACGCAAGCGAAUAUGUGGAUAUUUUCUUAUGUCUAGCUAAAUGGGAUAUUAAGAACCAGCAACUUUUAUCAGCAUUAUUAAAAUCAGUUGCCAAGAAUGUGAGCAUGUUGCGAUACGCUGAUAUUGUACAAAUUAUGGCCUGUUGUAAAAUUUUGGAGGUAUCUGAUGAAACAUUUUAUUUUAUCAUGGACUCGUGGCAACAAAAGGAGCUUGCCAUGAUGACAAUACAGGAACUUAUGGAUGCUUGCAAGAGAAUGUUUUCUAUCGAAGUAAAAUGGGCUCCAUAUGAGGAAAUGCUAUUCAAAGAAUUUAUAAAGCAAACGACCGAGCUUGACAGCGUGGGAAUAUCUCAAUUAGCAGACCCUUUCGAUUGUUUGGAUUUUUUACGACGAAUAAAUUCUCUUUCUAGAGAGUACCUACUUGCUCUAUCAAAGUGGUGUGCGGAUGCUGUUCAUAAGCCUCCAACAAGGUCACAGAAGAGACCACUUACCCAUCAGCUUGUUCAACUUUACAAUUUAAUAUGGGAAUACGAAGUUGAUGACAAAUACGUUGACAAAGCAGUGCUAAAGUUUGUUACAUCCAAAGGAGGGUUGCAACUAAGGAGUCCGAAACCAAUUCCAACGGUCUACAAACCCAGACGUAGAUAUAUCUACACCGAAGAUCCAAAGGAUCCUGGGAAAACAGGAGAACUUGCGUAUAUAGAUGAGGAACCAGCAGAAGAGAGAGGUGAAGAAUCUCAAGAUAACGAUAUCAUAAAGGAACUGGAACCUUAUCCUAAGUGGAUCGAUAAUAUUAAAAUAAAGGAGUCUACGCAAAGUUGUGGUAAGGCAGCAUUUAGACCUAAACCCAUCAAGGCUCGCCACAAAAACGUUCCAGUACAAGAGUAG